AUGGGUGUUAAACAAGGUGCUGUUUUUACACCAUUGAAUCCUCUUAGUAGUGUUUCUGAAAUUCACAAGCAGGUUAAUGAGUGUGGUGUGAAUUUUGCUUUUACUGUACCUGAAAAUAUCAAGAAACUAGAGCUAUUAGCUUUUCCCGUUAUUGUUGUGCCAGAGAAUGAGAAGGAUUUGAAGAACGAUUGUUUCUCUUGUUUUUUUAGCCUUGUUUAUGGUAACUUUGAUUUGACUCAAAGGCCAAUUAUUAAGCAAGAAGAUACUGCUGGUGUAUUGUAUUCUUCUGGGACCACAGGUGUGAGCAAAGGAGUUGUUUUAACUCAUAGAAAUCUUAUUUCUAUGGUUGAGCAUUUUGUGAGAUUUGAAGCUUCUCAAUAUGAAGACUCUUGUUCCAAGAAUGUGUUUCUAGCUGUUCUGCCAAUGUUUCAUAUAUAUGGUUUAUCGCUCUUCGCUGUUGGAUUAUUGUCAUUGGGUUCUACAAUUGUUGUAAUGAGGAAAUUUGAUAUUUAUGAGGUUAUUAGAGUGAUUGACAAAUAUAAUGUUACACACUAUCCUGUUGUUCCGCCGAUGUUAUCGGCAUUGACAAUGAAGGCAAAGGGUGCUAAUGGAAGUAAGUUGCAGAGUUUGAGACAGGUUUCCUGCGGUGCAGCGCCUUUGAGCGCAGAAGUUAGUAAUGGUUUUGUCCGUGCUUUCCCUAACAUUGAUUUAAUACAGGGGUAUGGAAUGACCGAGUCGACCGCAGUAGGAACACGUGGCUUCAAUACUGAAAAAUUUCACGACUAUUCUUCAAUAGGGUUGUUAGCUCCAAACAUGGAGGCAAAAGUUGUAGACUGGAACAAUGGUGCCUUUUUGCCCCCAGGCAGCAGCGGCGAGCUUUGGUUGAGAGGGCCUUCAAUUAUGAGAGGAUACUUGAAUAACAAGGAAGCUACAAUGUCAACAAUUGAUAAAGAUGGUUGGCUACGUACCGGAGAUAUUGUUUAUUUUGAUCAGGAUGGAUAUUUACAUUUGUCUGACCGUUUGAAAGACAUUAUCAAAUACAAAGGGUUUCAGAUCGCUCCUGCGGACUUAGAAGCAGUGUUACUUUCGCAUCCAGAAAUAGUUGAUGUUGCUGUUACUGCUGCCAAAGACGAAGAAGCUGGGGAGAUUCCAGUAGCAUUUGUGGUCAAGAAGGUCGAAAGUCUACUUUCUCCAAAGCAUGUUAUCGAUUACGUCGCCGAGCAGGUUUCUCCAUACAAGAAGGUUCGGAAAGUGUUCUUCACCGACAAGAUACCUAGGUCUCCAACUGGGAAGAUCCUUCGAAAGGAACUCAGGAAUUACACGACUUCUAAACUUUAA